CCGGGUCAGCGACGGGCACCGCCCCUGCCGGGACCCCGCAGGUAGCGCCCCCUCCGCCCGGGCGGGGACCGCGCCUCGCCGCCGCGUCCGGCCCCCUUCCGUUCCUUCCCGGGGAUCCUUCGCCUGUUGCUCCGCUCCCAUCCCGUCCUGCGCGGCAGGAGGGGCCGCCUGCUCGCAGGUGCUGAAUUUCUCUGCAAGGUCAUCCCUCCCUGGAGCCCUGCCUUGGAAGCCUCACCUGCGCAUCACUGUGGAGACGGGGAACCCCAGGAGAGGCACCCAUGGCCCCUGUGAGGGUAGCCCACUAGUUCUUUUGAGAAAACAAGUCGGAGAAGAAAGUGUGCUUCUGAGAACUUUCUUGUCUGUCUUCCAGCUCUUGCUGUCUUUCCUCUGGAAAGAGACUGUAUUGUGAC